AUGACUAUGAUCUACCAUCUCACGCUUGAGUCUCUUAUUGAAUUGCCCCACCCGGCUACGAAGCUCAUCGUCGGCCAAUACUUCUGGAUUCAUCCAUCUCGACGCUCCUGGGCUUGGCUGGUUGUCGGUUCGUUCUACGACUCCGAGGCCCGUGAGCUCUGGCAUAUCGAGAUUUUCAUCGGCUACAGGGAUAACGCUACCACCGAGUUUGCCGAAUCCUUAACAUCUGACGCAUCUAACGCGACUGACGAAGGAGACGAAUAUUUUAGAGAUAACAUAGAAGCACAACUUAACCUUAAUAACUUCCCUAACGAAUACAACGGUACUGAAUUGCAAGGGGAGGUCCUUGACAACUUCUUUACUCACAUUGUCCAUUAUUCCGGGGACUACACGGAUUAUACUCCGGCCUUUACACCGAUCAUGGCCGCCCAGACGUUUGGAAAUGGGUGGCAUCCGCAGUUCGGCCCGGACCAGACUGCGAACGCAAAUGCCAACCCGUCCUUCGGUAACGUCGUCCCUGGCGUCGUCUAUACCGGCUCUAGUGGGUAUAGCUACCUCCCGAACCAGGGCAUCUCUGGUCUACCCGGCGGCGUCGUCCCCGGACCGAAUAACCAGGCCCCGGUGUAUGUUAUACCUCAGAAUGGAUAUAACCACCCGGUCCCUGUGUUUCCUAGCCAGGGACCCCGCCUGCCGAACCCUCAUCCCGUUGUCAAUCUCGACGCCCCGGCUUUGAACCUGAACAACUCGACUGGUGGUGUCGGUUGCGAGCCUGGAUAUAACUACUUUUUUCCGCCCGAACACACGAAGCUUCAUGUGGUCAAAUCGUCGACUGCCCCCUGGCGACUCCCUGAAGGCAUGUCGAUGAACUUUGGUGCUUACCAUGUGCCUGUCAACACGACGUUGGCGGAGCUCCUAGUGGGCUUUGGCGCUCUCAACCCCUGUCCAAAGAAGAACAAGGUCACCGAAGUGAUUCAGGGAGGUAACGGAAAGUGGUAUAGGGGAGUCACAUUUUCUGGUGAUAGUGAAUCUAUGACCAAGACGCUAAGAGAUCUAGGCUGGGACCGUUCGCGGACAGGACGGACGGGAGAGAAGCCGGUCAUCUGGCUUUGGAUUACAAAGGAUUAA